AUGCCGCCCACACGCCGAACUCGCGCCUCGAAACGGCUGGAGAUGGAAGAGAAUCGUGAGCCGCGCAAGCGGAGGCGUAUCCAGAAUGCCAAGCCCGCAGAAGCAAAGGUGAAGCCGAAGCCGAAGCCACAGCGUCAGUCUGCGUGGACAACCGACCGAUACUUGCGCAGGAAAAACCGCGAGUACAUGCACGCGGUUAUGGCAGCCCAGGCGGAAAUUGAAGCGGAAAAUACGCCAGAGAAGAAGCAAAAGGAUACAAUGGAACAAAUAGCACAGGAGCAGGAACUGGAGACGUCUCCAAGUGAGAUGGAGGAACAGGACGAUGACGAUGACGAUGACUAUGUGCCUGAAGGGGAGGAAGCAAUGGAUCAAAAUUCACAAGAGGAGAAAGUGGGGUCCGAAGAAAUGGAACCUUCGGUUGAGCCGGAGGAUAGCAACAUUCAACCUGAGCCUGAGGAGAAUUCAGUGGAGGAUCAACCUGUGGACGAAGAGAAGGAGGACGUUGAGGAGGCUAUCGAGACUGAAGAGAAGAGUGUACUGCCUGAGCUCAUGUCACCGGAUCGAAUGUCCAUGCACUCGCCAGUAGAGACAACUAAUCAGACAAAGCACAAGACGUCAGGCAUUGAUCCGACACCAGAGAAAAGUGCGCCGCCUGUGAUUAUAGCUAGCAAACCAAAGAAAAAUGUGGCAAGGGGCAUCGCACAGAGCAGUUCGUCGGCUUCGACUAGGAAGCGCAUGAUCUCCUUCUCUCCAGAGCGGGCACCACGUCCAGAGAACAAAGCGCUCGCGCUGAAGAAGCUAGAAAAGAACCUGAAGACGAACGAAAAGCUACAGCAACGACUUGAAGCGCCUACGCCCGUGAAGGCACCCGCUCCGUCUCGAAUGUCGUCUCCUGCGACCGCAACGCAGACACGACGACCAAUUAACUUUACAAGUCCGCAGGCACGUAGGCUAAUGACGUUCACGAGUCCUCAAGCUCGACGAACGAUGCCGUUCACUAGCACACCUACGACCUUCACCAGCCCGCCACCCCGGAAGCCGGUCUUCCAAAGCCCAUAUACUGCUGCCUCUAUCUCCCUUCCACUGAGCCAGACCGAGGAACUAGUGUACGAUCCGACACAAGAAGACCAGGAGAAGGACAUGUCGGCAGAAGUCGUGGAUGACGAUACUGAGUUUAAAUCGAGUGUAGUGGUGGAGAGGAAGCCCGCUGCGGAAGAUGAAGACGAUAAUCACAGCGCAGACGACGGAGCAGCCAUGGACUCGCAGCAAGAAGUUGGUCUCUCUCAGGAAUCUACGAGUGUCCACAGCCACGUCGAUAAGCUCGCUCCGCUGUCCCAAGAAAGCUGCAACAGCAUGGUAUCCCACACUGAAGCAGAUGCAACUAGAGCUCAGACGGACAGCACGUCCAGCGCGUUCACGAGUACGUCGGUGAUUGGAGAUGUUGGCCUAUUUAACUGCGAGACUGAUGUCGAAUACACUGGAGGUGUGUAUGGCGAAGGUACUGACGGCAAGGUGACUGCAGCGGUGAUCAACGGACAGAAGGUUGCUCUGAAACGCGCUAAACCGCACGAAGGGUUUCCCGAACACGAAGCGAAGCACCGCGCCGCUCUGGAACUGCAUUAUUUACGUCGAGUGCGUCACAUGAAAGGGUUCCUGCAGUGUCUUGGUCUGUGCGAUGCCAUUGAACACACAUGCAUUGCACUGGAGGUGAUGGAUUGCAAGCUAAGCGACUAUUUAAGACGAUACGGCGUGAAUUCGGGAGGGUCAAAGCACCGCCGCUACACGCUGUCGUUUGAUGACACGAAGGCGAUGCUGAAGCAGAUCUGCUUGCCCAUGAUCACGCUCCACGAAGAUAUCAACGUCGCCCACGGUGAUCUGGCUUGUCGGAACAUUCUGAUGCGUACGCCACCUGAGGGUUAUGAACAAAGUUGGGAACCAGACAUCAAGCUGUCUGACUUUGGCCGCAUCAAGCUCCCAGCAGAUGAACCCAAGAUCCUGGACAGCUCGUUCAGCUUUCACAAGAACUGCGACGUCGGCGCCUUCGGACGAGAAAUCUUGUAUCGUUUACUUGUCGGGGAGAUCGUGCCAAAAGAAUUCGUGGAGACGCGCAGCUUGCACAAACUGCUGCAGGACGUCACUGUGACUCAAGUACCCGAUGCUGCGAAGGCUCGGUUGGGUCCAUACUACAGUCUCUUUAUGCGCUGUACGGCGUGGGGAGUGCGUCCGACGUUCCGUGAGAUCUACGAACAUCUGGACGAGCUGGAAUACUUCGAGACUACCGAGAACGGACUCUUCCCUCUUAAACCAACGGGCAGCACGGACGCGACCUUCAUGUCCCCUGUGGCUGAAGGCUCUCGUCACAAGACUCCGACGUCCAGUGCUUCGAGAGCGCACAAGCGUGAUACCCCCACAGGUCAUACGCAGCGUCCAACGGGGCCGAAGUCACGGUUGUUCGCUUCCAAGAGUUUCACCGAAGCGAGCGUUCCUGGAGCGAACAAGCCAGUGAACUGGCUUAAAACUCGCUCUGUUGGCGUCCAUCGAACUGCCGCGCAGCAAUCACUGACACCUACCGCGCACCCCAUGCUUAUCAAGAAGAAGAAGAAGACGCCGCCAUCCGCAGGAGCAGGGGCAGGCGCGUCGCGGCGCUCGCUCCAAAUUCUGAACCAGAUCCAGCAUAGAACAAUCGAAAAGGGCCGCAAGUCGACCUAA